GGGCGGGGUGGUGGCGGAUGUCACCGGAGCCAUCGAGGGGGGGUGACAGUGGCCAGGAAUAGCCGAGGCCACGUGGUCGAGCCCGUCCCCAAAGUGACCCUGGGGUGUCCUUGGGGACCUUGGUCCAGUCCCAGGCCUCGUUAGUGUGACCGGGUGACAUGGGGCAGAGCCAGGGGGGUGUCACCACCCCGGACCCCAGUGGGGGACCCCCCCCGGGGGGGCAGGGGCCGUCGCCGCUGGAGCGGGGGCUCCACGCCGUGGUGGGCACCUUCUACCAGUACGCCAGGGCCCCGGGGGGGGGGCAGGAGCCCAGCCUGGACCCCCCCGCCUUCCAGCGCCUGCUGCGCCACGAGCUGGGCCACCAGCUCAGCGACACGGGCCAGCCGCAGGCCGUGGCCGCCAUCUUCGCGCUGCUGGACGCCAACAGGGACCGGCGCGUCUCCUUCGACCGAGUACUGGCACUUGGUGGCCUGGCUCUGCCACGUCCUGCGGCACCGCCAUUACGGUGCCACGCCGGCCCCCCCGCCCCCCCGCCCUCUGCGGGGACCCCGACGCUGCCCCGGCCCGCCGCGACGGCCACCGGUGACCCUGGCGCUCGGACCCCCGGAUCGCUCCCGGCGGCGGCUGCCCCCCGGCCCCCACGGUCGCCGCAGACGGGGCGAACCGGGUCCACGGGGACGGCCCCGGCCCCCCCCGGGGGACGCGGGGCUCGGGACGGGAGGAGAAAACGGCUGGAACAGCCCUCGGAUGUGGAAAAUGUCCCGGGAAAAUAA